AUGUCCGCGCUGCCUGCGCGGGGGCGGCGGUGUGCGCUGCGUGCGUACGAGCCGGAGGAGCCGGAGCGCAAACGACCAUGCAAGCCCUUAGAAUCCCUUCCAAACCAGGCUGGUGCUCUCCUCAUCGAUUGUGCCAUGGAGCUGGACUCAAAACAGAAAAUCUCUGCUGGCUCUGGUCCCUGGGCUGCAAAAACAAAGCAAAACUUAGUGAGCUUUGAAAACAAUGGAAGCAGAGGUACUGCCCAACCUUGCCCAAGAUGUAUUGCUGGAGAAUCUGGACACUUCAAUCAUAUCCCACGCUUCUAG